AUGGGAGGACCUCCAAGUGCUAAGACUUACAUGGGAUGGUGGGGUCACAUGGGCUCGCCAGUUCAGAAGGGCAUUACCUCGUAUGCUGUGUCUCCAUAUGCCCAGAAGCCCCUCGCAGGUGCCGCCAACGCUGCCGUCUUUAACCUGUUCAGAAGAUUUAAGAGCCAGGUCCUGUAUGUUGCCAUUCCAGCCGGUAUCUACUGGGCCUGGUGGGUGAACUCCAGAGACUACAACGAAUACUUGUACACCAAGGCAGGUAGAGAAGAGCUGGAGAGAGUCAAUGUCUGA